AUGUCGGGGCGUGGGUGGGUGAGGGACGCGGUGGCGCUGACACUCCUGAACGGGUGCUACGUGGUGGGUCCGCUGGUGCUUGUGGGCCUGCCCGUGUGGCUCCUGUUCACCCCAUGGUGGUGGCUCGGCGUGGGUCUCAUCACCGCCUAUCUCUACCUCUCCUUCGACGGCUCCGAGCGUAGGCUGGGCAAGCCCUGGCGUUGGUUCCAUGACCACGCGGUGUUCAGGUACCUGUUCGACUACUUCCCGUGCAGCGUCGUCAAGACUGCCGAGCUUGACCCGUCCAAUGUAUAUGUGCUUGCGGUUCAUCCACACGGGACGUUGGCACUCAAUCGCGCCAUCUUCUGCUUCAACAAGCAGGAUCGAUGGAACAAACAGUUCCCGGGCAUCGAGACCCGCGACUUGGUGGCCUCCUCCGCAUUCAAGAUUCCGUUCAUUCGCGACUUGUGGCUGUGGACGUCGUGUGUCGACGCCUCGAAGCCGGUGGCCGCCAACGUGCUUCGCCACCACUUGUCCGUGCUUGUGUACCCCGGUGGCGAGGCCGAGCAGAUCAGGACCGAGUACGGCAAGGAAAACAUUCAUCUGAAGUCGCGUAAGGGCUUUGUUCGGCUCGCCAUGGAAGAGGGCGCCCACCUCGUGCCCAUCUACGUAUUUGGUGAGACCUCCCUCUACAAGACCUACUCGUGGGGCAUGCGAUGGCGCAUGUGGGUGUCGAAGCGGUUCCGGGUGGCCGUCGUGCUCUUCAUGGGCCGAUUCCUCGCGGCUCCCUACGCCGUGCCGCUCACGGCCGUAGUGGGCGAGCCCAUAAUACCCGUGACCAAGACGGACAACCCGAGCGCGGAGGCAGUGGACGCUUUGCACGAACGCUACGUGGCUGCGCUCUCGGCGCUCUUCGAGAAGCACAAGGCUGCCCACGGCUACGCUGACCGCACUCUUCACAUCGACUAA